CUCUUUCUCGGUCGAUCACAGGCGGAAGGAAAACACAGCAAGGGAAAAGCGCGCACAAAAGUUUUUGCAGAGUCCAUACAUAUAUAUAUAUCUAUACUGUCUGGUUCUCCUUGGGUUGCUCAUAGUAACAGCACGUCCAGCACCGGUGCAACAGUCAGAACAGACAGAAGUAAGAAGGCACUGGGAAUUGAGGGGCGUUUAUUCUGCUCCCCGGCCCCGUCUUCCAGCUCAGGGGGCUGAGUACCCUGAGAAUAGCUGGUCUCACUGCUAAAGACAGAAGUGAAGAAGGCGUUGAGAACUUCAGCCUUUUCCUCCUCCUCGGUGGUGAUGUUCCCCACCGCGUCGAAUAAAGAAGGGAGAUUCUCCUUGGCCCUCCUCUUGCUACUAAUACGUUCGUAAAAACAUUGUUUUAAUCAUCUCGAACAAUGGCGGCCAGACUAAGGUCUUGCUGGGCUUUGGCUUGUCGAAUUUUCUCCCUGCGCAUGCUAGCAACAUCCUGGCACUCUCCCCGAGUUGCCCGUCCUUCAUCCAAAGAUGGCAAACUCCUGGCCUGCCCCGCCAACAUUUGACGGUCAUUUGACGGGAGGGAUCGGCACCAAAAAGCCCCCAGCGCCUAAGUCCCUGAGCCCCGAUAAGCACGGAGCCGACGGGAGCGGAGCCGCCUACAGGACGGGGACAAGCUUAAAGGGCAGGCGAGACAGCCAACCGAGGCGCGAGAACGGCCGGCACGGCUCUGUCGGCCCAAUGAGCGCCGACGAGGGCCGAGCCGUGCCGAGCCGAGGCGAGCCGAGGCGAGCCGAGCGGAGCCGAGCCGAGCCGAGCGGGGGAGGUUUGGGGCUGAGGGAGUGUUGUAGCGAGCGGGUGCCGUCAUGGCCGGCGGGAUCGUUAGGUCGCCGGCCGCCUGGCGCGGUGGCGCCGCUCUCUUGGGAAAAGUCGCCCGCCAGGAGUUCUCCGCCAACGUUAUCCGCGAGGAGGAGCCGUUGUGGACGAGGAGCCUCUCCCCAGAAGGCCGUUGUGAGGUUUUCCGGAGCAGAAGAUUGUGGCGCACCUCUUCUUGGCCGUUUGAUGAUUGAUGGCGAGAAGUGUGCUGCUAACCUGGGCCUGACCAAUGGAUUCCGGAUGGCUGUGAGAUACCCACCCUCAGCCCCUUCAGACUACCGCGCACGUCUCUGUAUUCUGGGUGGCCGUCAGUUGGGCCGGCCUCCUGGCUAAGAUGUUUGCACCGCAGGAGUUGCUGCACGCGUACGGAUCGCCACCGAAUGGAUUUCACGUGUUGCCCGUCAGCCUAGCCACCGUUGACAUAUAAUUGUUUUUGGUGGGUGUCUGUGGAGGGUAAUGAAAAGCUUUGAGCAGCAUUUGCACAAUAAAGAUGGAGCAUGGGGAUAUCA